AUGGUGCUAUGGGAGAUUAUACUGGGAACUGCGUAUUUUUUGGGUCUCAAACGAACUUACAGGCUCGCUCUCAGGAUUCAACGUAGGGUCAUAAACCCUAACCACUCUCAGAUCCGCCAAUUUCUUCACAGAAGAACACGUUCUGUAUUUGAUGUGGCGGUCAAAGUUCAUCAGAACAUUCAAGAAAGGGACAUAGAAGUUGGUCGGAAUCUCGGAAACUUCAUUUUGCGAUGGCUUGAUCGAAUGAAACCGUCAGCUCAGAUUCAUGGUGGAUCACCCACAAAUGAGGCUAGUUCAAGUAUAAGAACGUCAAAUCUUCAAACUAAGUCUUCCUACUUCAGAAGACCUAGUUACUACACCUUAUUCAGGAGGGGAUCAAAUAAGCGUUUAUUUACCCCAUCAUCAAGUAUAUGGCCAAAACCUUUCCCCACCAUUGCAAGUAUGUUGCGACUACCAAAUCCUGCCGGGACAACCACCCACUAUCGGUACCUCAGUAUCUAUCCUCAUGAUACUUUUAGAUCAAACUGUAAUACUUACCGGUCAGAAGGCAUUAUUAGGAAGGACAUCAUGCAAUGGAUGCUGCAAAACUAA